AUGGCUGUUCUUCCAUACUCUGGCGACGACGACAAGUCUGAUUCUCUCGUCCAGCGGGCUGUGAAUGUGGUGGUUGCACCCCUUCGACUGCUCACCUCACGCACCGCGGUGAAGGCCUACCUCAGUACCAUUCUAUUCCUGACCACGUCCACCCUCCUCAUCACUGUGUCCUCCGCCGCAUAUGCGCUCUUCUACUACAGAUACAUUCCUCAAAUCAAUCUGGAGCGAACCCUCUACUUGCAAUAUGGAAGCGGUGCACAUCCUUACGCAACCACGGCUCUGGACACAUCGGCACUGGUGUCGCAGCAAGCUUACGACGUGGAGCUAGUCCUCCAUAUGCCUCGGACGCCCAACAAUAUAGAAGCUGGGAAUUUCAUGUUGGAUCUGGCGUUGCUGGGACCUGGGAUCGACCCGAAGACCCUUCCGGAAACCAUCACAUCCUGGCUUGCCAACAUUACUUCGGACAAUGUGCUAUACCGCUCACGCCGGCCCGCAAUCCUUCCAUAUUCGUCGCCUAUACUAUCACUCAGUCACACGUUUUUGCACCUUCCAUGGCAUUUGUUGAACCUACGCGAUCUCGACUCCGCUCGACUGGUCGUGCCCAUGUUCGACAUGUUAUCUUUCCCGCGUGGAUCGCGUUACAUCCCGACCCAUGCGAGAUUGGAGCUUCAAGCAAGCACCGUCCUGCAAGUGUACGAAGUGAAACUUGUGUUCCGUGCCAGGUUCCAAGGACUACGGUAUUUGAUCUAUAAUUACCGCAUCACCGCCUUCCUCCUCUUCUCCGCUGCAUUUUACACCGUCAGUGUGGCCACCAUGGCUUUGGUCUGGGCAGUCAUAUCGGCCUUGAUCUCUUCAAGCUCCGAACCCAGCGAGAGGAAAGCCCUCAAGCAGGAAAGUGAUGACGCAGAUGGCCGUGCUAAAGCAGAACCGGAGUAUGGCCGGCCUGUCAAGAUUAAGAGAGAAGACGAGGCAGGGUCGCCAACCGGUGGCUUGUCCCUGUCGAAUGUGCAGUCUUCCCCUGUAGACGGAGAGCAAUAUUCAAACCUUCCUGGGCGGAGUUCUGCCGUGGAGCCAGGAGAAGAAGAUGUCGACGACUACACUUUGACACAGCCCAUCGGCCCAGGAGAGGCUGCGGACGACGAAGACGAGCUGGAAGAAGCCGAAGAGUUCCGUGGGAGAUCAUUCGAGGGGGAUUCCGGCAUCGGAACGAGUAUGGAAAGUGAACAUACUGCGUCAGGGCUUUUCAGAAGACGAAGCUCAAGAGCACUUGGCCACACAUCAAUCUAG